AUGCUGCUCCAACGACGACUCCAAGUGUUCCUAUCACACUUUCGCCUUCUUAGAACGUCAUCAACUGCUAUCACUACUAUUUCCACUCCUCAUACCACUAAUCCAUUUCAUGGACCUGACCAAAUAUUCUGCCGGCAACGUACAAAAUUGUCACCAUCAACAGCAGCCAGUGACAAAGACUCCUGCACUGAAACUAGCCCAGAAGUACCACUGGAUCUCAGUCAGUCGACAUCUGCUCGACAAGAAUCGCCUAUUAAGUUACAGCAGCAGCAACAGUUAAAAUUCCUGCCAACUUGUACAAAUCCGAGUGUAAACUCCAACUGGAUUGCAAUUAAAUUUGGUGCUGCCGUGGGACCAAAUCGAAUGUCGUAUCCACGGGAAUUCAAACUUAUGGUUAUUAAUUAUUAUUACAGUAAUGGACAGAACAAAUAUCGUACCUGCAAAGAGUUUCAAAUAACAAAGUCGAUGCUCAAUGGAUGGCUGCAAAAAAUUGACAAAAUCCGACAGUCUAGGCCUGGCUCACUAAAAUCCGGUCGUAGCGGCCGAAAACCACAAUUUCCCGAUAUUGAAAAACAACUGUUUCAUCUCUAUCAUGCACAUCUGGGAACUGGGAAGAAGGUUGGAAAUCGAUGGAUUCGGGAAACAGCCAGGAAUCUAGCGCAGCAGCAAUGUUCAGAGCAAGAAUUGGCAGGGAUGUGUCAAUUUAGUGAGCGAUGGUUAAGUAACUUCAAGAAGCGAUACAGAAUCAAUCUGAACCGUGACUGGUCUUCUGGUAACAGUAGUUCCGGAAGUCUGGGUUCCACAGAAUCUGUUGGGUCUGGUAAUAGUGCUGUAGAUUCCAUACAGCAAUCCCCUACCAAAUCCGAUGAAGCGGCAGAAAAUGAGAGUAUAGAUUCGGAUGCUGAUAGUGUUCUCAGCGAUAGCCUGGAAACUCUUUUCGAUGUGGAAGACCAAAUGAGUCCUAACAAUCCCCUGACCAUACUUACGUCCGGAACAUUCCCAGCUGCUCAGGAACAUGUUCAAGAAAUUUUGAAUAAACCCGGCCAACUGCCAAUUCAAGCAUUCUAUGAAAGAUUUCCGUGGUUAUGUCGAAAAAAUCAGACGGGUGCGGAACCAGGCCGGAGAGGUCGCAAAGUUCAAUUUCCAGGUGUAGAAAAAGUUUUAUUUGAGAGACUGCGAGAGCAACAGUCCAAAGGGGAGCGAAUUUCGAAUCGUUGGCUUCAGCAGCAAGCUCGCGAGCUCGCAUUGCAAAUUUGCCCUGAAGUAUUACAGGAAGCGACAAAAUCUGCUCGCUGCUUAUUUUCUGAACAUUGGCUACAUAAUUUCAAGAAACGCUAUGGAGUAACGCUGAAACAAACAAAUCGAAAUACUGCCAAUGCUUCAAAAACCUCAGAAAUUUCGUCACCCACAGCUGCAUCUCAGUGCGAUUGUUCGUUGACAGAUGACAAAGAUUCCACCUCAUCGAUCAAUGGUAUUGCACCAAAACCUGUAACAGAUCUGACCACAAUGCUACAGCUUCAAAAUUGGUUCCUCGCAAAAUAUUACUCUCAGGAACAAGGAACAAACGCACAACAGGCAACACCAUUACCGCAAUCGGCGUACCGCAACACCACGGUACCCUUAUCAUCUUCGUCUGUGUGGUAUCCUGCAGCGUUAACACGAUGUUUACUUUGA